AAACGGAUGCGUGUUGUCGCAAUUAAAGCACAUGGUCGUAAAGUAUGGACUAGUACGUCCAACACACAAGAAGCAAAAUAGGGAAUCCAUCUGAAAAAAUUAGUAGAAAACUUGAUAACAAACCUAAAGAAUGACGAUAGCAUAAAGAGUAGGCACUUGUCAAGCGCAAAACGAAAGUCAGGUAAUUGAAUUCAGGUCAAGGUUUCCAAGGAAAGAGUUAACUAAAAUUACAAUCUCAGGAGGACUAACUUCUCUGGUACUGGCUACGUCGAUGUUAGCCUGCUUGCUAGCUAGCUAACUACCACCAAAAGGAUGUUCGUUGUAGUGGAGAUGGUGGACACGGUGAGGAUUCCUCCGUGGCAGUUUCAGCGACAACUCAACGAGGCCAUUGCUGAAGAAUUAAACAAAAAGUUGGCUAACAAGGUAGUCUACAACGUAGGUCUGUGCAUCUGUCUGUAUGACAUCACCAAACUAGAGGACUCGUAUAUAUUCCCAGGUGAUGGCGCCUCACACACUAAAGUGCACUUCAGGUAUGUGGUGUUCCAUCCUUUCCUGGACGAGAUCCUGGUGGGGAAGAUUAAGUACUGCAGCCAGGAGGGGGUGCACGUCAGUCUGGGAUUCUUCGAUGACAUCAUCAUUCCGCCAGAGUCUCUGCAGCAGCCAGCAAAAUUCGAUGAGACGGAACAGGUGUGGGUUUGGGAGUAUGAGACAGACGAGGGGGCCCACGACCUCUACAUGGAUCAGGGCGAGGAGAUCCGCUUCCGCGUCAUGGACCAAGUCUUUCUGGACACCUCCCCGACUGGUCCUGCUGUCACGGCAACCGACACCCCAGGAACAACCGUGGCCGAGGAUAGUGGUCAGAAAGAGGCUCCGUACACGCUGAUAGGGUCCAUUAGUGAGCCAGGCUUGGGACUCUUGUCCUGGUGGAACAGCUAGCGAUGAGGACAAAAGAGAAAAAGCGGAGAGCAGUGGGACGGGGGUACAGGGACGCACACACACACGAGGGCCGUCCCCCCAGACCUGCCCCGGGACCUGCCUGUGAGGAAUUCAGAUGAACUGCGAUUCUGUACCCCCCCCUCCCUCCCAAAACGGAUGGCACAGUGGGCUGGGGUGGGCCUCUGGAGCUGUGUCUGAGAGAGAAAACACUCUUAUCUCCAGGGCACAGAAGUAUCACAGGGCCUGUCUGUAACGACAGCGAACACUGCCUGAGCUUGAUCUGAUUUUGGGCGGAGCAGACGCUGCCUGCGGAACGUAUGGCGUCCCACAGAGUGCUGUGUCUUUGUAAAUAUUGCUGUGGCCGCCUAUCGGCACGUUGCUGCCCAGUUCACAAUAAAGGAGCUUUGUUUCCAGCGA